AUGGAUGAGAAAGAGAACUCUCAAGCGAAGAGAUGUACUGUGAUACCGAAAGUUCCGGAUACAUGUCUGCGUGAGACAUUAUCGAAUGACAAUUCUUCGUCGCCAACCCCGGGUCUUUCGAAUGGUAAGCUCUGUGUGCCAUCAACCUUUCAGAAUGGGCCCCCUGAGAAGUCAAUACGUCGCUGGGACGUAACCCCUAUUAAGAUAGAAAGUGGUCUUCCGAACUUGCCUGAAGCAUGCCCUGAAGAAGAGGAACCGAGCAUUCAGGUAGACGAGGUGCCUGAAGUAUGCCCUGAAGAAGAGGGCUGCGAACCGAGCCACCAAGAAGACGGAGUGCCCGAAGAACAGCUACGAGGCUACGAACCAAAUGAUGAAGAAAACGACGUCACCGAAGAACAGCUGCAAGGAGGAUGUGAACCAAAUGACCAAAACGAAACAUCUGGAUCAGAAUAUAACGAACUGCCAUUUAAUCCUAUGGUACACAAUUCAACCCCCAAGACCACAGCUAGCAUCCAGGCCUCAUCCCCGCAGCCCGAAAACACCCCAAGCAAAAGGCAGCCCAUCACACCGGACGAAGCAAAGUUGAUCGUGUGCAUGAUGCACAAACAAGAAAAGAAAGCCAGCGACGUAAUGCAUAUGUUGCCAGGUCGCGAAUACCCGACAGUCUGGCACUGGUUCUACAAUCACUGGACCCGGCGUCUUGCCAAUCCGCCUCCCCUUUCCGCUGCCUGGUCGCAGCCUGAGCUGGUAUCCCUGUCCCGACUCAGCACCCAAUCGGGUCUUACCUGGGGUCAGAUACAAAGUCGCUUCAAGGGGCGAUCCCGACAUGAGGUCGAGUUUGAGCUGCUACGUGCUUUUGUUGGUGAGGGAUUUACCUCUGCCAUGGUAGGGAACAUGGAGGAACAGGCGGAGCCGGAAGAGCAGCCGGCAGAGCUGCAGCCGGAAGAAAUGCAAGACGAGAUAAAUAAUGAGCCGGGAUCUGAAGCGGCCAGUGAUUGA